AUGUGCUGCUGUGAGGAGUGGGAGGCUGUGGAUGUGGGGGGAGUGGGGGGAUGGGGGGGGUCUGCGCUGUGGUGCAUUGAGGAAGCCGCUUCAGCCGCCCUAGCGUCUGGCGAUCGCCCAAUCACGGUGCGGGAAAGCGGAGCCACUUCAGUUCAGUGUGUCAGGCAAGGAGAGGGGGUGAGGAGGGGGGAUGGGGGGAAGCAUGGGGGGAGGCAUGUGGGCGGGUUGUACAGGGGGAUGUAA